AUGUCAGGAGCUGGAUAUGAUGUUGUUGUCGAUGUGGAUGAGGAAGGCGAUCUAGGCCACACUGAUCUCCAAGAAGAUCUCUCCUUUCACAACUCCAAUUUCGAAGCUAAUCCCUCCUCGUCCCGCAAUAAGCCUACAUCCCCCGGUCUUCCCGCCCCGGCCACUUCAAGUGGUCCCAGUAACUCUAAACGUUACCUUUGGUCCCUCCAUUUCUACUCCCAGUUCUUCGAUGUGGAUACUUCUUCCGUGUUAGCACGUUGCUGGGCAGCUUUGUAUCCUCGCGCAAAUUUCUUGGAUGUGCUGGAGGGGAAUCCGGAUUUGUAUGGUCCGUUCUGGAUUGCUACGACGGUUAUUUUCAUUCUGUUUAUGGGAGGGACAGUUAGUUUGUAUUUGGCAGAGAGGGGUGAAGGGAGGUUUGCGUAUGAUUUUGGGUUGUUGAGUGGCGCCGCAGGUCUAAUCUAUGGCUAUACAUUCGUAAUUCCCAUUCUUCUCUUCCUAGCCCUCAAAUACUUCGGCAGUGAAUCUGCCAACCUCCUCGAAUGUGCCGCUCUCUACGGCUACUCCAACCUCGUAUGGAUUCCUGUCGCCUUGGUCUCCUGGUCAUCCCUCACAAUCAUGAAUUGGGUAUUUGUAGGAGUUGGGUUUGGGUUGAGCGUUGCUUUUCUCCUCAGAAACCUAUAUCCAGUUCUCAGCGCUACGGACAAAAAGACAAGUAAAAUACUGCUUAUCUUAGUUGUCGUUCUACAUGCGGGUUUGGCAAUUGCUAUCAAGGUGUUGUUCUUUGCGCAUGGAAGUCCGGUGGCUAAGAAACCUGCUACGGAAGAUCCUGCUAAGGGGGAUAAUCCAAGUAGAAUGUUAUUCUAG